AUGGAACUAAAGCACUAUUUCGUAUUAUUGCUUAGCGUUUUAAAUGGAGUAUUUCAUGUCACGGGAGUUGCGCCUAAAGGUCAUCCCAAAGAGAUGAAAACUAAAUCUGUGGAAAAAAAUCUAAUAAGAAUGUUGCUCAAUCGAUAUGAACAGUUUGGUGUUAUUGGCCGACCAGUAAAUGAUAGUAAAAUCAAAGUGGAUGUUCGUUAUGGGCUACAGCUUUUUCAGAUUUUGGAUUUGGAUGAGAAUAAACAAAUUCUACGAACCAACUGCUGGUCAAUGUAUAAAUGGACUGAUUCUCUGCUUCGAUGGAAUGAAAGUGAUUAUGGUAAUAUUAAAACAGUUCGUAUAUUUCCUUCGCAAAUUUGGACUCCAGAUAUAAAAUUGUAUAACUUCGCUGAUGAACGUUUACGAGAGCAUCGAGAUGCACGUGUUGUAGUUUCGAGUAAUGGGGAAAUGUUAUGGGUACCGCAAGCAUUGUUUAAAAGUACAUGUGAAGUUGAAAUCACAUACUUUCCAUUUGACACACAAAUCUGCAUGCUUGAGUUCGGUUCUUGGACAUAUGAUAGAACGCAAAUGGAUAUUCUUUGGUGGAUUCCAGACGCACCACCAAUGGUAGAAAUGCCAUACCUGGACUUUUCUGAUUAUGUACCAAGUAAUGAAUGGCGUACAGACGGUGAAAAGGAACGGGAUGUGCACCAUAUUAAUCGAACUAUACAAAUUCGGUCAGUUAAAAAACACCGACGGCGAAGUCAAACUGUUGGAAGCGAAGUGAUCACAAGAGAAUAUCCAGUUCUACGAUAUUUGAUACGUUUAAGACGUAAUCCAAGCUUUUAUGUAUUUAUGUUGGUGAUUCCUUGUGUUUUGUUAUCCUCUUUAACAUUGGUCGUGUUUUGGUUACCUCCGGAAUCUCCAGCGAAAAUGAUGCUCGGUAUGAAUAUCUUCGUCGCAUUUUUCGUCUUACUGCUUCUACUCGCUGAGUCCACGCCGAGCGCGGUGAAAAAUUUUCCACUAAUUGGAGUUUACUUCUGUUUGAAUAUGAUUAUGAUUACACUUUCUACGGAUCGUAACGGAUCAGUGCCGUCUGUUUUGAGAAGAAUUGUCAUUGAAGGGAUUGGAAGACUGACGUUAGUAAGACAGAGAAUUCCGCUGCCCGAGAUGAAAAAGCCGAUAAGACCAAUUGCCACAAAACCGCCUAAGAAGAUUCAUAUUCUUAAUAGGUCCCCUAACAAGUACCCAGCAGGUGAGGAAAGUCCUUGCCAAGAUGAACGUAGUAAAAAUUUUGGGACUGGUUCGUUCCCACCUUGCAACAUGGCUGGUAGCCACCAUAUGUAUGGAGAAGAUUAUUUAGGAAAUAUGACUGGUAAUUGGUUUGGUCCGAAUGAACAUAAACCUGGUCCACGUUAUGGUGGCCCAUAUGAUUCCUAUGCAGCAGCUACCCCAAUCAAAGGUACUCCUCAAAUUUCAGGAAAUUUAGGACAAGCUGGCCCGAAACCAUUAACAAAUGAACCAAAUGAUGGAACAAAUCAUGAAGAGUCACCGUCAUUUUUGAAUUCAACCACUACACUGGAACGUGACGUUAGAGAAUUGAAGAAAUACGUUAAGAUAGAAGUACAUUUCUUAGAAAUGAAGCUGACUUUUUACCGUAUUUUAACUAUCUAUAUCACAUGUGGAUUAUUGCAGAUCACAGCAGUUGCACCUGUAGGUCAUCCAAAAGUAAUGAAGACCAAAUCUGUGGAAAAAGACUUAAUAAGAAUGUUACUGAGUCGGUAUGAACGGUUUGGAGUUAUCGGACGCCCAGUAAACGACAGUAAAAUCAAAGUGGAUGUUCGUUAUGGGCUACAACUUUUCCAAAUUUUGGAUCUGGAUGAGAAUAAACAAAUUCUACGAACCAACUGUUGGUGUAUGCAUAAAUGGAAUGAUUCUCUUCUUCGUUGGAAUGAAAGUGAAUAUGGAAAUAUUAAAACAGUUAGUAUAUUUCCUUCACAAAUUUGGACCCCUGAUAUCAAAUUAAAUAACUUUGCCGAUGAACGCAUACGUGAACAUCGUGACGCUCGUGCUGUGGUGUCAAGUAAUGGAGAAAUUUUAUGGGUUCCACAGGCAUUAUUGAAGAGCACAUGUGAAGUAGAAAUUACUUACUUUCCAUUUGAUUCUCAAAUAUGUAUGUUGGAAUUUGGAUCAUUGACAUACGACAGGACACAAAUGGAUCUUCUUUGGUGGAUUCCAGACGCUCCACCUUUGGUGGAAAUGCCAUAUCUGGACUUUUCUGAGUAUGCACGGAGUAACGAAUGGCGUACAGAUGGUGAAGAAGAACAAACACAGCACCAUAUUAACCGAACUAUACAAAUUCGGUCAGUUAAAAAAUAUCGACGUCUUAGUCAAGUUAUUGGUAACGAAGUAGUGACACUGGAGUAUCCAGUCCUACGAUAUUUAAUACGUUUAAGACGGCAUCCAAGUUUUUAUGUAAUUAUUUUGGUGAUCCCAUGUAUUUUGUUAUCCUCUUUAAUGUCGGUUGUAUUUUGGUUACCUCCAGAAUCUCCAGCGAAGAUGAUGCUUGGUGUCAAUAUAUUCGUGGCAUUCUUCGUCCUACUACUGCUGCUCGCUGAAUCGACACCAAGUGCAGUGAAAAAUUUUCCACUAAUAGGGGUAUUCUAUUGUUUAAAUAUGAUUAUGAUCACAUUGUCAACAUUUCUAACAACUCUGGUAAUUCACCUUCAUUUCCGUGGUGAUCGUAAAGGUUCCGUACCGCUUUUCCUUCGUCGUAUUGUCAUUGAAGGGAUUGGAAGACUGACGUUAGUAAGACAGAGAAUUCCGCUGCCCGAGAUGAAAAAGCCGAUAAGACCAAUUGCCACAAAACCGCCUAAGAAGAUUCAUAUUCUUAAUAGGUCCCCUAACAAGUACCCAGCAGGUGAGGAAAGUCCUUGCCAAGAUGAACGUAGUAAAAAUUUUGGGACUGGUUCGUUCCCACCUUGCAACAUGGCUGGUAGCCACCAUAUGUAUGGAGAAGAUUAUUUAGGAAAUAUGACUGGUAAUUGGUUUGGUCCGAAUGAACAUAAACCUGGUCCACGUUAUGGUGGCCCAUAUGAUUCCUAUGCAGCAGCUACCCCAAUCAAAGGUACUCCUCAAAUUUCAGGAAAUUUAGGACAAGCUGGCCCGAAACCAUUAACAAAUGAACCAAAUGAUGGAACAAAUCAUGAAGAGUCACCGUCAUUUUUGAAUUCAACCACUACACUGGAACGUGACGUUAGAGAAUUGAAGAAAUACGUUAAGAUGUUAGUAAACAGACAGAAGGAGACAGCCCGUAAAAGUUUGGUGGCUAUGGAAUGGCGAACUCUGGCCAUAGUAUUAGAUCUAGUUGUUUCAGUACCACGAAGCACCGAACCAGAACUUCCACCUGCGUUCCGAGAUGACUGA